AUGAAUGAAUUCAUUCUGUUCCUUGACCGAAAGUUGCCCGAAAUCGAAAAGGACUAUGCGGUCUUUAGGGAAAAUCGACCGAUUCACUUUAUUGAGCGCGAUCGCUACUGGAAUCACAUGACUGAAGAUAUUGAACGGAGGAUAAGCCUUGUCCCCAAGUUUGAGUUCAAUAAGAAGUUUACCAGCGAUACGAAUAUUGACACACAGCUGAAUGAAGUCAUAGAGCUGGCCUUCCAGGACUUUGUGCAGCCCUGGCACCAGUCCAUCUCACUAAGCCAGGAGUUUCCUAAUAAGCUUUACCUCUUUGUCAACUACACCGUCUCUGCAUUUGCUCGACGUCUCAAGGAAGUUGAUGUGUCCAGUCUUCUGACUAGUAAGGUUUUGGAUGAGUUCAUCAAGCACAAUCGACUGUAUCGGUUGACGAGAAACCGACUUGCCUCGAGAGAGUACACCGAAGAGGAAUUUAUCACAACCUUCUUUGAAAAUGAACGUAAAUUAGAGAAGAAUUUUAAUCGCGAGAGGCUUUGUCGUGAUAACCUCCAACUUGUACAUUUUAUCGACCACAUCUGUGAUGUCCUGCAGUACAUUCUCUUUCCAUACAACAGCUUUAACAAUGAAACCUUUCGACUAUUCACCAAGGGAAUACUUACGCAAACCAUUUUCACUCCAAUUCUCGACCUCCUAUCGGAGCCUGAUUUCAUCAACGGCAUCAUCAUUGGCGUGUGUAAAUCACACCUACCGUCAACUGACACUUUUAUGGCCGUUCUGCAGUCAGUGGACGAUGUGAACGAGAUUCGAGCUGUGCUGGAGAGUGUUGAAACGGAAAUCAAGUUUGUCCGAUCUAAAGAUGAUAACGACGGUGAGAUGAAGAUGAAACAACAACUAGGCAGUUUGCUCUUUUUGAAGAAGAUUAUUUUGUCACAACUGAAAAAGUUUGAGGAGUUUGAAGAGUCGAAAAGUUUGUCAGAUUCUCUCAAUGGAGAAGAGGCAAAGGAAGCUGAGUCACCGGAACUAGCACUGAUCACCUUUGACGCCGUUUUGCGCCACAGCAUUGCCCUGGAGUACUUCACCGAGUACAUGGCCACCAUAAAUGCCUGUAGCUACAUCAACUUCUUCAUCAACGUGGAGGCUUUCAAGAUUAGCGUCGAGCAGGGUCUCUUUGAGAUCUACCUGUCCAGCUUAGGCAACGGCGCCUCUGAAGAGCAGUGCCACCAGCUGAAGCAGCUGGUGCUCGAGGCGGCGAUGAACAUCUACGAGACCUACCUCUCGCCACUGGCGCCCAAUCGACUGGCGCUGAUUGAGCAGAGCUACUGCGACAAAUUGCGUGACCAGCUCAGCUCCAACGACUCCUCCACGUGGAUGACCGAGGGCCUUUUUGAUGAGAUAUUCGCCCAGGUGCGCAGCAUCAUUCUUAAGCACGACCAGUUCUUCCCCGCCUUCAAGCGCAACAAGCAUUACCUAAAGCUGCUGCUCGAGACUGAUCUAGUCAGGGGACAGUUGGAGGCUGCUGCUUCGAAUGCUGUCUCCUCCAAUGUGCCAGCAAGUAAAUCCGUUGAUGAUCUCUCGGAGAUUGACAGUAUUGACUCGCAUGUAGGGGAGGAGGGGGUGAAGGGCCUGAAGUGUUUCGAUGAAAGCGAUCACCACGAGAAGGCCGAUGACGGCAGACGGGCUGAAGAAACUGGUGACAAGGCUGACUUUGCCAGCGGUUUCACGGUGGAGAUCAGCGAGACGGGGAAGCUCACUGACCACGGCAAAACCUUUGUAGCCUAUCUGAUCAACGUCGCCAAGUGCUCCACCGGCGAGAAGUGGGUCAUUCUGCGACGAUACUCGGAGUUUUACACCCUUCACCAGCUGAUGAUUGACAAGUGCGAAAAGUAUCACUUUAACCUGAAGAAUAUUCUCUCUCUACCGCCCAAGUCCUUUCUCAGCAACCGAAACAAUCGCAACUUUGUGGAGUACCGCAAGUACAUGCUCAACAUCUACCUGAAGAAGCUCUCCUUCCUCUACGAACGCUUCAACUACCUGCGAGAUGACAUCUACCUGUUUCUCCACCCGGGCAAUUAUAACUGCAAAGAGCCUGGUCGGCUGGAGCGAACCGUCUCUCGCAAUGGCCGAAGCUUCAAUCCAAUCAAAACCAUUGGCAAUGCAAUGAAAAAUGGUUCGGAGAAUCUGCUCGAUGGUUUUCAGAAGCUCAGUCGUACGCUGUCUCUUCAGCAGGAUGUCGCGCAGCCGAGGAUGCCGGAGAAGAAGACGAUGAACAACAGUCAGUCUAAUUCCCUCAAUGUGAAGCACAUGCCGGCAGUGGGCGGCAGUGGGUCAGCCAAUCGCUCGCCAGUUCACGAAGAGACCAAUUUUGGCUUUACCGUCAGUUCGGUUAAAAAUCAGCAGCAGCAGCAGCAGUCUGAAAGUGCUGAUGAGCUGAGUUUAGACAGUGCCAGCUUUGAAAAUGACGAAAACAUUCCACUGCUGUCCCUGUUGGACGAAAUAUUUGACUUGAAAAAUCAGAACUUUUGGUUUCGACGUCGCCUGAUUGAUCUCUUUAAGCAAAUCAUCGAAGCCACCUACUCGGACAUGAUUAACAAGAAGAUUUGCGAUUACAUUGACUUGUGGACAUCGCCCAGCGCUAUUGCCGAGUACAUUGAGUCGCUAAAGUAA